AUGGGAAUGAAUAUCUCCGGCACUGUUGCACUAGCAAAAUAUGGACAGAUAUUUAGAGGGGACAUUGUGGCGAAUGCUUAUGAUGCAGGUGCUGUAGGGGUAUUAAUCUAUAUAGAUAGGAAGGACUACGGGGGCGGGGGAGGUAGUGCAAAGUGGUUUCCUGAUGACAAGUGGAUGCCCCCAAGUGGAGUCCAGGUGGGAUCAGUGUUUCGUGGGACUGGUGAUCCUACCACACCCGGUUGGCCUAGUUCCCGGGCAUGCGAGAGGCUAUCAGAUGAUGAGGUGGAACAAAGAGAUGAUGUUCCACACAUCCCUUCAUUGCCAGUGUCCUGGGCGAAUAGCGAUGCAAUCAUGAGAUCUAUAGGUGGGCCCGUAGCCAGUGAUGAUUGGCAAGGAGGCAUUGAUGCACCAGUUUACAGAGUUGGACCAGGACCUGGAAUUUUAGAGCUUAGUUAUAUGGUAAGUGUCCAUAGUACUACAUGGGCAGGUUAACCAUUA